UGCAGUAUAUUGACAAAUAAACAACAUACAUACUUACCUGUCCAGCAUUAUUAUUAUUGCAAACUGAAAUUGAGAUCGUCAACAUUUUCCCACUCGCAACAUGGAAGACAGCAAGAGCCUUCUUGCAGCCUGUCUUUUCUUCUUGCACCUGCUCGGAUCUGGUGAAUGUCAGCAAAACAUUUCCCAGCAUCCAAUGGACCAAAAUAACAUUGAAGCUGGAAAUGAUGUUACAUUCUCAGUGACUUUAAGUGAGACAUUUGGCAAUGAGAUGUUCUAUUGGGUGUUCAAUGGAACUGAUAUUCGGCCAGAUGCUACUGGAUAUUCAGGGAUGGGUACACGAGAGCUAGUUGUCUUGAGUGCAAACAGUGACGAUGUAGGAACGUAUAGUGUCGUAGUAGUCCUUGGAGAUGGAGUAGGAGGUUUUAUAUUCUCAAACGCUGCUACACUAUCUCUUUUGCUUGUACCUGUGAUUACUGCACAGCCAUUGGAUCAGCUGGAUAUCCCAGCUGGUACGAAUGCAGUGUUCAGUGUGACAGCAACUGAUGCCGUGGAUUAUCAAUGGCAAACAUUUGGUGUUCCACCAGUUGACAUUUCAACCUCAGAUCCUGGCUACAUAGGAGCGGAUACUGCAUCUCUUACUGUGUUAGCUGUGGACUUGGAUGAUACUGCAAUGUAUGAAUGUGUAGUCAGCAACAAAGUUGGAACUACUAUUUCAGAUCCAGCUCAGCUUACAGUCUUACUCCCUCCCACUAUUGGUGAUGAUGAUCAGCCAAUAGACGCUUAUGCUGCUCCUGGCAACACCGCUAUCUUCACAGUGGUCGCGUCUGGUGAAGGAUUGACGUUUCAGUGGUUUAUGGUCGUUGCUGAUGAUCCAAACAUUGCCCUUACUAAUGGUGGUAAUGUGUUUGGUGCUACAUCUACUUUUUUGGUCAUAACAGAAGUCAUGGAAAGUCACGAGGGAGAGAUGUAUUAUGUGGUUGUCACUAACGGUGCUGGAUCUGUCACUUCAGAUACUGUUACCAUUACAGUCGUCGACCCUCCGGUUAUUAGUGUGCAGCCGUUGAGUUUGAGUACCCAGGCUCCUGGUACGAGUGUCACCUUCACUGUGGUUGCUACGGGCACCGGCCUCACAUACCAAUGGCUAUUUGAUGGAACAACAAUAACUGAUACUGAUGGAGAUGGUUCUAAAUACUCUGGAACCACUUCGGCCACUUUGACAGUGAACCACCUGGUACAUCCUGAUGACGAGGGAUCUUAUAUUGCGAUAGUGGAAAAUGCAGCUGGCUCUGUCAAUUCAGAUCCAGCCACACUAAAUAUUGUUGAAUUUAUCAGUAUCAUCUCUCAACCUGAAAGUGUAACGAUGACUGUCGGUGAAUCGGCAUCCUUCACUGUCGUGGCAACAGGGGACGCUCUUACCUACCAGUGGAGACGGGGUGAAACUAAUCUAGACUCUGCUAACACUGCCAAGUAUACAGGAGUUACCGAGGCAACGCUGGUGGUGAUGAACGCAGUUGAUGUCGAUGAUGAGGGUGCCUACUCAGUGGUGAUCAGCAAUGCAGCUGGAGAUGUUGCGUCAGAUAACACUGCUAUCUUGACAAUCCUAACUAUUCCAUUGAUAAUAACGGAGCCAGAGAGCCAAGAAGCUUUACCCGGAGCAAUGGUGACCUUCAGCAUUGUUGCUAUGGGUGACAGACUUACCUAUCAUUGGAUAAAGGACAUGGCUAACAUUAUGAGUACAGAUGUCAACUAUUCUGGAGCGCAGAGCGCCACCCUAACCAUUGUCGCGGCAAGGGAACCCGAGGAUGAGGGGGCGUACGUAUGUGUGGUUGUCAACGCUGUCGGGCUAGACACCUCCAUGGAAGCCACUCUGGAAAUCAUAAACUGCCCAACACUGGAUUCUGCCCCUAACAACGGUGAUAUAACCUACUCUAUGAAUCCUACUCUACUUAAUGGUGGCUACUCCAUCGGAACAACUGCCACCUACAGCUGUACAAGGGGUCAGCUGUUCAAUGGAGACACCACUAGGACGUGUAUGAACAAUGGGGAGUGGAGCGGAACAGCACCUGUGUGCUUGGAUUACUGCGAGCCACUAGCUGUGGUCAACGGAGGAGUGAACUAUGACCUCUCAGCAAACUCGAUGACUAACUAUCCCUCGGGAGCGAUUGCUACACACUUGUGCUCCGCCAAUUUCGGUUUGGUAGGAGGAAGCACCAGGACUUGUAUGGACAGUACCGAUGCUACUGGUGCUGGUAGCUGGAGUGGAGUUCCCAUAACUUGUCCGGAUUAA